UGACUGAGAAAAGAGUGUUCAUGCAUGAGAAUGAUUGACGAUCAUGGCUGUGAUUUCUUCCAACCCAGCCAAGACAUUUGUCGUCUUUGUGUGCGUCGCUGUUGCAUCGCUGCCUUCACUGUUGGCGUCUGCGUCGCCGUUGUUUCGUUUAAAGUUUAAACUUAGCUUAGCUAAAUGGCUUAACUCGCCAAUAUUUAGUCGCACGCCUAACGUUGACAUUCAUUGUUGUGUUGUGAAACUUAAACGCUUAAAAACACAAUAGCCGCCAAAACGAAAAGAAAAAAUAAUUGAAAAAAAUAAACAUUAAUUUUUGUACGGCCGGAUACAAUUGGAAAUUGUUGAUUAACCAACGACAGUAAAAAAUAAAAGAAAACCAAACGAUAACGCUUACAAAAUUUAUUUUUUGGAAUAGUUUAAAAAUAGAAAAAAAAAAAAAAACAAAAUAAAAUAAAAAAAAUUACUGGAAUCUUCAAAAAAAGAAAAAAAAAAAGACUUACAAAAAUGCUUCAAAAUCCCACUACACCGAUUAUUAAGUGAUUACAACCUCACAUACAAAUACACGCAAACACAAAUUAGAUAUAAAAAACAAAAAUAAAUAUAUUUAAAAAAAUAGAGAGAAAAAAAUAGAAGAAAUAAAAAAUAAACAAAAAAAAUAUAUUUACAAUAUAUUGGAAACCCAACAAACAACGUUGAAAAAUAGUACAAAAGACAAAAGCUCGACUCUCAGCAUCCAUCACCGAUCAGAAGACAGUCUUUCAAUUGUGUCCCAACGUCCUGUUCGAUUUGCUGCUGCGUUUCGUCAUAAUUCACACCGUUUUGGAUUUUUUGCAAAAAAAAAAAAACCGAACUUAAACAGAAAAGAAAAAGAUACCACAGCUACAAUUUUAAAACAGAAAUCCAAUUAGAACAACAACAACAACAAAGAGACCAACUUUGUUAAUCUUAUUUUUGUUUAUUUUUCUUGGGGCUACUGUUUUUGUUGUAAUUACGGAUACAACAACAAGGGUAACCAGUAGCUUUUGCUGAACUACUUAGAAGUGCAACAACUACCAACCAACAACAACACACACACAAAUCACAAUGGCCUUAGUAAUGAAAUAUAUAAACAUCAUGAACAGAUAUAUGGACACACAUGGCGAUCCCAGAACGAAGGAUUGGCCAAUGAUGUCAUCACCAUUUCCCACAUUAGCUGUAUGUCUCACAUAUGUCUACUUAGUCAAGGUUUUAGGUCCACGAUGGAUGGAAAAUCGCAAGCCAUUCCGUUUACAAAACACAUUAAUUAUCUACAAUGCAGCACAGGUGAUAUUUAGUGCGUGGAUAUUCUAUGAGAUUGGUAUUUCCGGUUGGCUGACAGGACACUAUAGCUUCCGAUGUCAGCCGGUUGAGUAUAAUAAUAACCCUAGAACGAUAAGGAUGGUCCAUGCUUGUUGGUGGUAUUAUUUCUCAAAGUUCACAGAGUUCAUGGAUACGAUAUUCUUCGUGUUGCGCAAAAAGGAAAGUCAAAUCACCACUCUGCACGUCAUUCAUCACGGCUGUAUGCCCAUGUCUGUGUGGUUCGGCGUUAAAUUCACCCCCGGCGGCCACAGUACAUUCUUCGGUUUGCUCAAUACCUUCGUACACAUUAUUAUGUACACCUACUAUAUGUUCUCGGCCAUGGGUCCACAAUUCCAGAAAUAUUUGUGGUGGAAGAAAUAUUUGACAACUUUGCAAAUGGUGCAAUUCAUUUUGAUCAUGGUCCAUGCCUUCCAAUUGCUGUUCAUCGAAUGUAAUUAUCCCAAGGCCUUUGUCUGGUGGAUUGGCAUGCAUGCCGUUAUGUUCUUCUUCUUGUUCAACGAAUUCUACAAACAGGCCUACAAGGGUCGCAAAUCGCAAUACAAGAAUUUAUUAAUGUUCUGCUUGCAGCGUCCCGAAAAGCUAAGGAAGGAAGAUGAACCCCUACUGGCCAACGGCCAUGCCAAUGGCGAUUGCCAGACAACGGAAAAGAAGCUAUUGAAUGGCCAUGCCAAUGGCAAACUCAUGGCCAAUGGCAGCAGCAGUGCGAAAUCCUCGAACGGCUACAGCAGCAGCAGCAACAGCAAUGGUUACAAGAAUGGCGCCGUGCUGGCCAAUGGCGUCAACGGUCACACAACAGAGCUGACGCAGCGAAAGGUGAAAUAAUACAAGGCCAAAAAUGGCAAACGUAAAAUGCUGAAAAAGAAAUUGGACAUUUAAUCGAUAGAAAUCUAAUACAGAAACAACAACAAAAACAACAACAACAUAGAGCUGAGAGACCGAUCGCUAGAAAAUCAAUUGGAACUUAAUUGCAAUAAUUCUAAUAUUACAACAACAAAAAGAGAGAAAAACAAAAACACAAAAGUAAAUACAACAACACCUAAAACAAAAACUAUUGUUUUGUAGUCUAGACAAUGAAAACCUAAAACCAAGGGAUCUCCUAACUUCAGUAAUGGCCUGUAACCCGCUCGAGUCUGGCCUGGCUCUGAAGAGUCUAAAAAAUCCCAAGCAAAAAACUUCUACAUUAGCCGAAUAGUUGAGAAGACAAAACAUAACAAGCGUUGUAUUAAACUAAAGAUUUCUAUACAAUUUACAACAACAAAAACAAA